AUGGCUCCUAAGUUAAAGGCUCCUGUCCCGCAGCACCUGCGCCGUGGUGCCGGCACUAAAUCGCCUAAGGGCUAUACCUUCAAGAAUGGCAACAAGCUCUGCACCUACUGCUCGAAGGGUCACCGCGACUACAUUAAGAUCGACAUGCGGCGUUACGGUCGCGCCAUAGACAGGAUCGCUGAGGCUGUCACCGAGUGGACUGAGUCUGCCGCGGGCAACACAGCGCGUUCGCAGGAGGAUCGUAAGAAGCGCGCUGCCUCGAUCCGCCAGAGCAUGAGAGCCACCAAGGCCCGCAUGCAUCGCGAGCGCACCACGCGUAAUCCCGUCGGCAAGGACCAGUCCCUCUUCCGUAACCAGAUCCUAGUGGAGAUUUCCGAUUACCUGCGUGACAUUUCCGAGAGCCUUCGCUACGCACACGAGGUGGAUCGUGACGACGAGCUGGUAGAUAAUAUGAGGGAGCUGACUGACCUACAGUCCUGGGAGGCUGAAGAGGCGGCUACUGCUGCUGAGGACAGUAAUAAAGACGAUAAGGAUGAUGAGGAUGAUAAGGAUGAUGAGGAUGAUGCAGGCGAUGAUGCGUAG